GAGAGUGGCUGCUGAGACAGCGGCCACAGGCUGCUGCUCCGAUUGUAGCUUUUGCAAGGGGCUGAAUGCCCAGCCAGACACUCACCCUCUGGCCUCUUUUUUGAGGGGUGGGGAGAGAGGAGGAAGUUGCCUUACCUUGCAAGAUCUGGGCCAGCUUUCAUCUCUUUUUUGAUUUUCAGUAGUUCCCUCCAUGAGAACCGACUUCCAGGUGUUCAUCAAAGGACACGGAGUGGUCCCCACACUGGAAAUGAGGAGGGAUGACAGUUUCUGAGACUGACUGUUAACGGCUCAGAGGUGCCCUCCCCAUUCAAAAUGCCUUUUAAAGCAUUUGAUACCUUCAAAGAAAAAUUUCUGAAACCUGGGAAGGAAGGAGUGAAGAACGCUGUGGGAGAUUCCUUGGGGAUUUUACAAAGAAAAAUUGAUGGGACUAAUGAGGAAGAAGAUAACAUCGAGCUGAAUGAAGAAGGCAGGCCGGUGCAAUCGUCCAGGCCGAGCCCCCCACUUUGUGACUGCCGCUGCUGUGGCCUCCCCAAGCGCUACAUCAUUGCCAUCAUGAGCGGCCUGGGAUUCUGCAUUUCCUUUGGGAUUCGGUGCAAUCUCGGAGUUGCCAUCGUGGAAAUGGUCAACAACAGCACUGUAUAUAUUGAUGGAAAGCCGGAAAUUCAGACAGCACAGUUUAACUGGGAUCCAGAGACAGUGGGCCUUAUCCAUGGAUCUUUUUUCUGGGGUUAUAUUGUGACACAAAUUCCAGGCGGUUUCAUUUCAAACAAGUUUGCUGCUAACAGGGUCUUUGGAGCCGCCAUCUUCCUAACAUCGACUUUGAACAUGUUCAUUCCUUCUGCGGCCAGAGUGCAUUACGGAUGUGUCAUGUGUGUCAGGAUUUUGCAAGGUCUCGUGGAGGGUGUGACCUACCCAGCCUGCCAUGGGAUGUGGAGUAAGUGGGCACCACCUUUGGAGAGAAGUCGACUGGCCACAACUUCUUUUUGUGGUUCCUAUGCGGGGGCCGUGGUUGCCAUGCCCCUAGCUGGGGUGUUGGUGCAGUACAUUGGGUGGUCCUCGGUCUUUUAUAUUUAUGGUAUGUUUGGGAUUAUUUGGUACAUGUUUUGGCUGUUGCAGGCCUAUGAGUGUCCAGCGGCUCAUCCAACAAUAUCCAAUGAGGAAAGGACCUACAUAGAGACAACCAUAGGAGAAGGCGCCAACUUGGUUAGUCUAAGUAAAUUCAAUACUCCAUGGAAAAGAUUUUUCACAUCAUUGCCGGUUUAUGCAAUCAUUGUGGCAAAUUUCUGCAGAAGCUGGACCUUUUAUUUGCUCUUAAUAAGUCAGCCUGCUUAUUUUGAAGAGGUCUUUGGAUUUGCAAUAAGUAAGGUGGGUCUCUUGUCAGCCGUCCCACACAUGGUCAUGACAAUCAUCGUGCCUAUUGGAGGACAACUGGCUGAUUAUUUAAGAAGCAGAAAAAUUUUGACCACAACUGCUGUCAGAAAAAUCAUGAACUGUGGAGGUUUUGGCAUGGAGGCAACCUUACUCCUGGUGGUUGGCUUUUCCCAUACCAAAGGGGUGGCUAUCUCCUUUCUGGUGCUUGCUGUAGGAUUUAGUGGCUUUGCUAUUUCAGGUUUUAAUGUCAACCACCUGGACAUUGCCCCCCGCUAUGCCAGCAUUCUCAUGGGCAUUUCAAACGGAGUGGGAACCCUCUCUGGAAUGGUCUGUCCCCUCAUUGUCGGUGCAAUGACCAAGCACAAGACCCGAGAAGAAUGGCAGAAUGUGUUCCUCAUAGCUGCCCUGGUGCACUACAGCGGCGUGAUCUUCUAUGGGGUCUUUGCUUCCGGGGAGAAACAGGAGUGGGCUGAUCCCGAGAAUCUCUCUGAGGAGAAAUGUGGCAUCAUCGACCAGGAUGAAUUAGCCGAGGAGACAGAACUCAACCACGAGAGUUCUGCGAGUCCCAGAAAGAAGAUGUCCUAUGGAGCCACCACCCAGAACUGCGAGGUCCGGAAGAAGGAAUGGAGAGGACAGAGGGCAGCGACCCUUGACGAGGAAGAGCCCACAUCCUACCAGAACGAAGAGGGAAACUUCUCAGACACAUCCCAAUGAAUGAGAGACACUUCCGUCUUCUCACCUUAGAACCAGAAAGCAUCCAUACCUAUUGCCUUCCCCAUAGCCCACCUGGCCAGAAGGUCAAAUAUGGGGACGCUGGAGGCAGGAAGGGGGAGGGGAGGAGAUUUAAUCCACAAGAGAGAAAAGAGAAAUCUCUUUCAAUGACAUUUUAGAGGUAUGGAGCCUGCUCUGCUCUCAGUUGAUAGUACACACAUACAUAUUUUUAGAUUGGCAGUUGACCCUUCUCUUAAGGAACUGAACUUAUUCAGAAAGGAAUAACUAGCAGAAUAAGGGAAACAAUAGCAUGCUGUUCAAAGAAAUAUUGAAGGAAAUGGGAAUUUCCUUCCUCCUUGGCCUGGAGGAGAGUGAACAAGAGUUGCCAGCGUAACACUCUGAGGGCAAGCCAUGCCAAGGAGGUGUUCCCAUGCUGUGCCAGGUGCUUUACAAACCAUCUUAUUUAAUCUCCAUGCCUCUAUGACAUACAUUUCUUAUCCCCAUUUUACAACUAAGGAAACUAAAAGCAACAAGAGAUUCACUUGCCCAAGGUCAUUCUCCCAGGGCCAGUGCUGAGAUUGGUAAAGCCCCAGUUUUAGGAAAGAAGAUUUCUGCUCAGUGUGAGAUGGACAUUUUUAAUAAUGCAAACCGAAAAUGAAAUGGGUUUUCUGGGUGAUUCCCUAUUUUGGCAGGCAUGGGGGAUGGGAAACAUUUGACGGAUGUGGAUUCAAACAUGGCACAUGAGGGGCUAGAUUCAAAGACCCUCAGUGUCCUACAUUAUCUGAAGAGUCAAAUGGUUCUGUGAAUUCAUAAUUUUUUAAAUAAGAGUCACAGACUAUAUUAGAGAUUGAAAUUAAACAAAAAGAAAGCUAAGAAAAAAAGCCAAAUUUCUAGGAAUCUGAUGGUCAGAAUAGCUCAAAAGGAGUAAAUAAGGGAUUGGUUAUUAAAUUUUAACUGUCUGUGAUAACAAGAAUGUGGUUAAAUAAUGUCUCAAAUAACUUAUAAACCUUUAAGAUGUUUACCAAUUUAAUAAGUAGGUUCAUAUGUUUUAUUAGGUAAAAUUCACUUGAAAUGUCUUGUGUUUUAAAAAAUAUAUAUCUUUAGACUUUUCUCCUGGGGGUUAUAUUAGAAAGAUUAAUGAAAUUAUAAAAAAUUAUGAUUGAAGUAUUCAUACUGACUCUAUUUGGAAUGAUAAUAUAGCAGUAGUUAUAGAAGGAAAUACUAGAAUGAGAACAUCUGGGACAAUUAAACCUGUAGUUAGUGUUGAAAAAUUCAUCUUUACAUAAGGCAGUAACAUGAAUAUUCUCUAGAUAUAUUUGAAAUUUUAA